AUGUAUUUUUCAAAGGUCUUCAGUGACUGCUCUAAAAUCCCAAACGGAUUUCCUUCUGGUGUGUACCGAAUUACUACAACGCAAGGCAAUGUUUUUGAUGCAUUGUGUGACAUGGAAACUGCCGGUGGACCAUGGACGGUGAUCCAGAAUCGGAUAAAUGAAGAGGAGGAUUUCUAUCGCAACUGGUCAGAUUACAAGAGCGGUUUCGGCGAUUUAUACGGGAGUUUUUGGAUCGGCAAUGAUAUUCUGCACCUCCUGACAAGAACUCCAAGGAUCCUGCGCGUAGAAUUAAAAGUCUGGAACGGAGUAAAGGGGUAUGCCCAUUACUCAACGUUUCAAGUGGCCAACGAAGAUCAGAAUUAUACACUUCUAGUGAAUGGCCUAUCAGGGAACAUUACCAGUGAUGCUAUGGACAAAGACGAUGGCAUCGCCUUCUCUACGUUUGAUAGAGAUAAUGACGAAAAUCCUGAUUUCAACAUUGCCGAAAUGAGGCAAAGCGGCUGGUGGCACAAAGCUCAAAACGGUACUAAGGCAAAUCUGAAUGGCCGUUUACUGUCUGACAAGAAAGAGCCUAAGAAAGCAAUGACCUGGGUGCGCUUUCCCGACCAGAAUAUAUUCUAUAUGCCUUUAAAGACGACCAGGAUGCUAAUUCAAUAG